UGCAGACAUACUGUGACAGGGUAUUUUCUCUUGUUACACUCAGUGCUGUUCUCCAGCACAUGCUGUGUUAAUACUGCAUGUUUUCUCAGCAUGUUUUCGCACAGACAGACAAGGCUUGACAGACUUCUACAAUCACCGUAAGGCUCUCCGAGACGGACUGUUGAAUUUGACGGAUCAGAGUGAGAAGGGGAAUCUUUGCCUGAGGAGAGAAGAUUCAAGGUCAGAGGGAGCUACAACCAUCUCCAAGACAAAGGAUUUAACUUUGUGCUGCCUGCCUUGAAACAUCUUUAACACUUCUCCUUUCUAUUGCUGUAAUAUUGCACAGAAUAAUACUACUACUUUGACUGCAACUUCUCCUGCUACUGUGAAAGUAGGACAGAUUCAAGCACUUUUAUGUCCAGCCAACAAGAUAUGGAGACAAAUCCAUUAAUUGACCACUGCAAAGUUCCAAGUAAUGCCACAUACCAAGUCCUCUCCUAUGUGAUGAUAGGAGAAUUCGCCCUGGGUCUGCCUCUCAACCUGUCUGUCCUCUACAUCUUCGUCUUCAGGUUCAAGUUCUGGAAGAACAAAAGUAUCUUCCUGUUCAACAUUGUGGUUGCUGACUUUUUGCUGGUGGCCUGUCUUCCUGUCAAGAUUCACCAUUACCAGCACAACUUGAGGCGUAGCGAGGAUGGUGUGGUUUGUAAAACGAUGCUUUUCAUGCUGUUUCUCAACCGGGGAGUCAGUAUAGCCUUCCUCAUCAUCCUGUCCCUCGAUCGCUACUUCAACGUGGUCCAUCUUGGAAGGAGAAAUUGUGUCAAAGUGUUGAAGAAAUCUCCCCAGAUUUCUGUUGUCAUCUGGCUCCUGUUGCUUCCCCUCACCGUGCCCACCAUGGUCAAGACCUUUGAGUGCUGCAACAGCCACGGCCGACAAAAUGAGACCAAGUAUCACGAUGUGACAGACACCUUUAGAGAGGUGGUCUUCUUCAGUCAGAUCAUUAUCCCCUUCUUCAUCCUUGUCUACUGCACCGUAUGCAUCGUCAACCGGCUGAGGAAGAAAACAGUCGGGGAGAAGACCAAACUAAGGAGAGCUGUGUGGGUAGUCAUGUCGGUUGUUGUUGUCUUCUCCAUCUGCUUCCUACCUUGUGCUAUCGCCAGAGCCGUGCUGCUCGGCCUCCGGCUGCAAGAGUUGGAGAAAGCAGAGGAAGUAGCGGUUCAGGUGUACGACAGCCUCAUGGUUUUGUCUUACACUGACUGCCUGCUGGACCCGCUGGUGUACUGCUUCUGUAACUCAGGGUUCAAAGACGCUUACAUAUCCAGCUUCUGUCCUACAUUUCUUCAGAAGAAGCUGAUAACCUCUGAAUCUGGGAUGGGAGCAACUACUACAACUUCUGGAGUUAGAACUCUUACGUUGCCGAUAAUCGAGAAAUGAUUGUUUUUUUCUGAUGAAUUGUGAUCCUAUCUCCAUGGCAGCACAGGCAUUUUAUCUACCAUUACAUAUCAGUGUUAAGAUCAGAGAUCCACCCCCACAGCAGGUUUUUACCUACUCUGACAGAUUAUUCUCUGAAAAAGCAGGGAAAAGCCAUGCUGACAUUUUAAGGUUAUCAAAUGCCCUUUACUAGAAGGUAGCAAACAUACUUUAUGUGGUGAGCAUGUCCUCCAGAAUGCAGGUCAUAGACCAUCACAGUUUGACAUUAUUAUUCAGAUGUAUUUCAUCUUUUUUUCACAGUGUGUCUGAAAAGAUUAAUCUGUGGUUUUCCUGUGUAAGUAAUCUGCAGAAUUAUUUCUCAUUGCAAUCAUACAUUUACCCUCAUGUCGCCCUGCAGGUCAAAAUUGACCCGUUGUGAAAAUAUUUUCACAGUGAAACUUCUGAUGUCCACAUUUUCAACAUUU